AUGGUGCACUCCCUAUCGCUGACGAUAUUCACAAUCAUUGGAGUUUUUGUCCAAUGGCUGGUGAAACACGUCUAUCUAUCGCAUCGAGGAGCAGCAUCAAGCAAACCCGAUGAACUGGAUGUCACACUUACGGCACCAUAUCCUUGCAAUGCCAUCAAAGGCAGUCGUAAAUUCCGUAUCACCAUGGGAUUGCGGAAACUGGACGAACGAAACUGGCUCACCGUGGACAAAAAUUAUAUUAAGGAACACGACAUUCGAAACUCUCUCCUGAAAAACGAGAGAAGAAAGGUUUUCCAAUGUCUGCCGGAGUCACGAGAGGCUUGUGCUGAGAUACUAGAAAUCGUAUCUGACUUUCUCUGCGAAAGAUACCCUAGUAUGUUUCAGAUGAAGAAAGAUGGAGGCAAGACCGAAAUUCAGAAUAUCAAAACCGGCGAGACCUUUGUUUCUGGUGGAUCGGAUUCCACAAUGGAACCGCUAGAGAUCGCAGUGCGGUUGGCGAUGGAAGAUCUAAAUGUCCUAAUGAUGAACUCCGAAGGAGAAUACUAUCUGGCUGCGAGUGCAACGCUAUUUCCCGUCGGAUGGGCCGUCCAACAACGCAUCGGAUGGACCAUUUCCCAAGUGCAUGGGCCGGUGCCGCAGUGGAAGGAGAAGAUCGGACAUUCGGUCAACAAACUCACACCUGAGUCGCCGAUGGAAAGAUCCAACUAUUUCAUGGAGACAAAAGAAUCCAACGAAGGGUUGGGCAACACUCUGUUCCGGCCUGAAGGGCUGACGGAGCAGGAACCAGGGUCUCUCAUGGACAACGUUCUCCUCCGCCGUGAGCGACAGACUUUUCGCCGUCUGCCUCGCUCAGGAGCUCUAGUAUUCAGCGUCAAGACGACUCUGAACACGCUUGAUGAGCUGCCGCCGGAUCAGCUCCGGGCACUCGCCACCGAAAUCGAAAGCUGGCCUGAAGACAUGGCCAAGUACAAGGGACGAAAUGUCUGGGGGCAAGCGGUGCUGGGCUACUGUGACCAAAUGGGCAUUUCGACACUUUCAGUGACCGAUAAAAUACUCAACUUAGUCCUGGUGACUAUGACCAUGCUAUCAUCGGCCAGCACCAUGUCCUGGGUGUCAUCGUUUCUUCUAAUCCUACAGAGCGCAGAUGCGAUUCACCACAUGAAACUGAAACCGAUGAUGCUCGCCACUGCCGAUUCUUCCCAUAGACCGAUAAGGAUAACCAACCUAUGUCCCAGCGAUAUCUAUCCCGCGAUCCAAACCCAGGCAGGAACAGGGCCAUCGACUGGUGGGUAUCACGCACUUCCUGGAAACACAACCAGCUUUGAUGUCAGCCCCGACUGGCAGGGCCGCAUCUGGGGGCGAACAAACUGCAGUUUCAACUCGAAUGGGGCGUCGUUGAACGCGUCCGCUCCGGCUUGUCUGACGGGUGACUGUGGUGGGCUGCUCGAUUGCAAAGGAACAGGACAACCGGCGUCGCUCGCUGAAUUCACCCUGGCGACCAGCAUGAGCUUAUCGUUCUAUGAUAUUUCCCUGGUAGACGGCUACAACCUCCCGAUUGGAAUCGUCUCGUUACAUAAUGAAUCGACCAAUGCCGACCUUAGAAACAUUCCGUCGAACACCACGAACCCGGUUUGCAUAGGAAGCGCGGAUUUCUUGACAUCUGUUAGUCAAAUGAACGCUACCACGGUCCCCAUAAAUACCACUAUUGGGAGUAUUACAUAUGUCACCCCGCUAGAGGAAGCACUCGAGGCCCAUUCGGUGUCUCGGUGGUGCCCCUGGCCUUUACAGAUGCAGAAACCGUGGAAGCCAGGUGAUGGAGUCUUUCCUUAUCCAGAUGAUGGAAUCAAACGACCUAGCUUUGACCCGUGUUUGUCAAUGUGCUCAAAGUACGGUCGUGCUAGCGACUGUUGUAGCGGCAGUCACAGUACCCCAGAGACGUGUAGUCCGAACAUGUACAGCAAGGCGGCUAAGAAAGUGUGUCCUGAUGCGUACAGCUAUGCAUAUGACGACACCACAUCAACUUUUACGAUCAAGCAAGGGGCCGGGUUUGAGAUUGUGUUUUGCCCAUCCGGUCGCUCGACGGAUAUCAAAAAGAACAUGGGUAAUUCAUCGACUACCUCGUGA